ACAGGGAAUGGGGUCCUGGAUCCCUGAGGGGUCCCUGCCUCCCCCCCGCCCCCAUUCCCUGAUGCCCUUUCUCCCUCUGCAGGACCAUGCCCUGGAGCAAUUUCCCCAUGGAGAAAGGACAUUUAUUCCGGCUGCCCUCAGCUCUCAACAGGACGAACUCGGACUCGGCGCUGCACACGAGCGUGAUGAACCCCCCUCCCCAGGACUCCUACCUGGGCCCCUCCCAGGCCGGGCCCCCCCCCGGCCGCCGAGCUGGUUUCCUGGACGGGGACUCGGACAGCAAAGUGUUUCUUUUCCAAGUGCCUCCCAUCGAAGAGAACUUCGAUGACAACAAGCACUCGCUGAAGCCCUGGGACACCAAGAAGCUCUCGUCCUCCUCGGCCCGGCCGCGCUCCUGCGAGGUGCCGGGAAUCCACGUAUUCCCGUCCCCGGAUCAACCUGCCAACGUGCCCCUCAUGCCCUCGGCCCUCAACACGGGGGGGUCCCUGCCCGACCUGACCACGCUGCACUUCCCGUCCCCCCUGCCCACCCCCCUGGACCCCGAGGAGGCCCCGUACCCGCCCCUGAGCGGGGGCAGCAGCACCUCCAACCUGGCCACCACCAUGACCCACCUGGGCAUCAGCGGCAGCGCCGGCGGCGUCGGGCUGGGCUACGACCCCCCAGGACUCCCCUCACCUCUGCAGAGCUCCCUGAGUAACCCGUCCCUGCAGUCCUCCCUGAGCAAUCCCAACCUGCAGGCCUCCCUGCGCAGCCCCUCGCUGCAGGCCUCCCUCAGCAACCCCUCGCUGCAGUCCUCCCACAGCAGCUCCUCCAUCCCCUCCUCCCUGUCCAACCAGUCCCUGCCUUCCUCGCUGUCCUCCUCGCUCUCCAACCCCUCGCUGCCCACGUCCCCGCGCCCGCAGCCGCUGCAGUCCUCGCCCAGCAACCCCAGCCUGCCCUCGGGGCUGGGCGGCUCCUUCGCGGCCACCUCGCCCCGCCGGCGCGUCCCGCUCAGCCCCCUGUCCCUGCCCGCGGCCGGCGACUGCAGACGGCAGCACCCCAAACAGUUCUCACCAACAAUGUCACCCACAUUGUCCUCCAUCACCCAGGGCGUGCCCCUGGACACCAGCAAGCUGCCGGCGGAGCAGCGGCUGCCCCCGUACCCCUACGGGCAGCCGGGGCUGCUGCUGGGCUCCCAGCCCCCCCCGAGGGGCCCCGCGCCCCCCCCGCGCCCCUACAACCCCCCCUACACCCCCGGCACCCCCCUGGGGCAGCCCCUGGCACAGCCCCACGCAGCAGAGUUCGGCCUGGGCAGCCUGGAGCAGUUCGGGAUCGGGGAGAGCCCCCCCGGGAACAGCGGAGGCUUCCCCGAGGAUUUGGGGGGGGCCCUGGGUUACCCCCCGAGCGAGGGGGGUUACGACCCCCCCGGCCUGAGCCGCCCAAACCUGAGCAACUGCAGCCGCCACGGCCCCAUCCCCAACAUCAUCUUCACAGGCGACUCGCCCCCCGGGCUGUCCAAGGAGAUCACCACGGCCCUGGCGGGGGUGCCGGGCUUCGAGGUGGAGGGGGGCUCGCUGGGGAGCCUGGGGGGGCUGGAGGAGGAGCUGCGCAUCGAGCCGCUGACGCUGGACGGGCUGAGCAUGCUGAGCGACCCGUGCGCGCUGCUCACCGACCCCGCCGUGGAGGAUUCCUUCCGCUCCGACCGCCUGCAGUGAGCCCGGGCCGGCCCCGGGGCCGCGCCCCGCCCGCCGUGCCCGCCCCCCGGGGCCGCCGCCCGCUGCGCUCCCGCUGAGGGACCGGGGCAGCUCCGGGAGAGAACCGGGAAUGCAGCGGGAGAGAACCGGGAGUGCAACAGGAGAGGCGGGAACGGAUCCCGAACCUGGGAAUGGAUCCCAAACCCGGGAGCGGAUCCUGAACCCCAGAACGGAUCCCAAACCCCGGAAUGGAUCCCAAACCCGGGAGCGGAUCCUGAACCCCAGAACGGAUCCCAAACCCCGGAAUGGAUCCCAAACCCGGGAGCGGAUCCCAAACCCCGGAAUGGAUCCCAAACCCCGGAAUGGAUCCCAAACCCCGGAACGGAUCCCAAACCCGGGAGCGGAUCCCAAACCUCGGAACGGAUCCCAAACCCCGGAACGGAUCCCAAACCUGGGAAUGGAUCCCAAACCCGGCUGGAGGGAGCUGCGACCCCCCCAGCCCCACAGAAAUGGGCGGGGGGCUCCGUCCGGACCCUCCAAGCUGUGGCUGUCAAGGGCUGUGACCGCUCCCAGUGAGCCUGGGAGGGUCCGUGCCAAGCCCCCUCCCCAAUUCCCACCCUGGGACUGACCCUGUCACUGUCAUGCCAGGAAAAUCCUGGAAAAGUGGGGAGGGGGCUCCAGGCGUGGCUCUCAAGGGCUCCUUCUGCUCCUUCCGAGGUUGGGGGGGGUCCCCAGCACCCCCCAGCCCCCUCCCCAAAUUCCUGCCGGGUUCUGUUCUCCAGGAAACCCCCGGGACCACCUCAGGGUGAGGGAAUUUGGGGAGGGGGAGACAAUCCAGGCACUGCCCCAAACCAUCCUGGGGGGUUCCACUCAUCGCCCCCCCCUCAAUUCCCACCCCCAGAGCCCACCUGGCACCGAACCCCGGGAAAUGUGGGGAGGGGGCUGCACCCCCGGGGGGGGCUGUACAUAACCCCGUAGGUAGAGACCCCCGGGGGGGGCUCGGGGGGGCCGCUUCUGCCUUUAUUUUAUCAUUUUUCCGGCUAAUCAUCAUCAUGUUUAAGGAGAGAUCCCGCUCCCCCCUCCCCAGUAUGUACCCCAAGCCCCCCUCCCCAAAUUACCCAGCUGCCGGGGACGUGUAGAAAGCACUUGUAACUUUGCCCCCUGCCCCCCUCCCCAAAAUUGGGGGGCCCGUCCGCGGGUGGGGGGCCCUGGGCCCCCCCCGGAGGGAGCCAGAGUGAUUUAUUAUUAUUAUUAUUUUUUAAAAUAUAUUCUAUGUUA